AGACUUCGCCAGUUUCAUGAGCUUUUAUGGAAGAAAGUGAAGCGAUCUCACGGGAGAUUUUUACACCUCCUACGUGCUUUAAGCAUGGACUAUAAUAAUUAUCUUAGCCCUAAAGUUUCAGUGGAAAAGGGAAGAGAAUUUUCGGUAGGCUGUCAGUACCUUGGCAGGCCUGGGGCGACGUGCAGCUUCGUUUUAGCGUGCAUCUUUCUAUUCCCGGUUAGGUUAUCCAUACUUUGUCUCAAAUUUGAUGAGGAGGAAUUUCCAAACCAGUGCACUGAGACUAUUUCUGGUCUGCAUUUACGGGCAUGAAUCUUCAGAUGCUGGUGAUGGUGGUGCUGGGAGUGAUGGUGGCGCUUCAAGAGGCUCAAGGCUUCUUAAGGCUUCGCAGGUACGGCUUGAGGCGGCGAGGGCCAAAAAGGCCUGCCAGAAACUUCAUGAUCGGCCUGAAAGUAGUAAAUAAACCAAGAAGCAUCCACGGUCAAGACGAAAAAUUUUAUCACGUAAACGGACGCAGUCAUUCAUUUUACCCUGUUCCGAACAUACAGCACUACGCGCAUUCUAGGCACAGUCGUGCGCACAAUCCUAAUUCCUUUAUAAUGUACGAACCCAUGAACGGGCUCGGUCCCAAUUACGGGCUCAAAUACAAGCAGAUUCACAAUCGUGGUCCAAUUCACGGACACGCUCCAAUCUAUGGACAUGUGAACGGACUCGGUCCUGAUCCCGGACCCAAAUACGAGCGCAGUCCCGAUCCUGGUCCAGUGUUCGCACACGCACCAAUCUAUGGACCCAUAACCGGACUCGGUCCUGAUCCCGGACCCAAAUUCGAGCGUAGUUCCGGUCCUGGUCCAAUGUUCGGACACGCACCAAUUUACGGUCCAGUUUUUUUCCACGGAGUGAGCCAUCCAGGCCAUUCCUUCCUCGGGGGUCACUACCAUUGGUUCCCUGAUUUCUAUCAUCAUGAACAUACAUACAACCACAAUUCUCUCACUGAUCUAUCAUACGAUGAUCAAAAGGAGAUUAGAGAAAAAGGUUACAGAGAAGAAGACUUCAACGGCACCAUGCCUUCAAUUCACGGCAAAAAUAAUGCUGAGCAUCAAGCGGGCGGUGAAGUCAUGGAUGUGUUUCGCGAACAUUCGUUCGAACAAGAUGAUGGCGACAACUUUAACUUUGAGGAGCACUCCAGCGGAGAUUAUAGCGCACCCAUACACAGCCACUUGCCGGAACAUUUUCCAACAGCAGGAAUUCAGCGCCAGGAGUUGCAAUCUACAAAUUCAGGACGACCAACCAUUUUUCCUUACAUUCAACAGACAGAGAAUUCAAAAAAUUAUUGGCCAAAAUUUGAUUUUAGCAGAACUCGUGACUCGUAUAUGCAACAUGAAUCAAGCUACGUGCCAAGAAGCUCCACUCAAGGCAGCCAUCACGUAGGUUCACGGCUGAUUAACUGUCCAUAUUCCGAUUGCAGCAAGCGAUUGAUAGAACAAAUCUGGAGAAGAAAAUGAAAGUGCGACAUGCAUAUUAAAUUGCAAGGCUCCACAGAACAUUUUACGUAGAUAUGAAGCAGAUAAAAUGUAUAUCAGCGAACGUUGAAACACUGUGAGAUUUGCUUUGAAGUAAUGCCUCAGUCUACCAGUAUACUAUUUGAGACAUCAAAUCUAUCAUUAUGAAUAAACUAUAUUUUUCGGGAUUCCUAAAAUAUUAACGCACAUUAAACAAAAAUAGAAAUGAGUCAACUCUGAUUAUUAUUCAUUAAAAGAGAGUCGAACAAGAGUGUUCAAUUUACUUAAAUCUUCUGCCCAUUUAUGUCAACUUAAUUUCAUUAAAUUAAAAGAUAAUAUAACUCAAGAUUUUAAUUGAUAUUUAUUUCCCGGAUCGGGGACUGUUCAAAGAUCCUAGGACAAAGAAAUUGUCACGGAGAAAUAAAGCUGCGUCUCUCCAUCUAUAGAGUCUAUAUAGACUCUAGAAAGAUCCAUUGCAUGCGCACGAGGCCAACAUUUCCACUGUUGAUAGAUAUUGACGAUGUGCCGGUUUUCAUACCAUGCGAUUUGAUAACGCUAUAGAGGAGCGACAUUGCGUGUUGAAUUUAAAAUGAGGCUGACAUGAAAUAUUAUCUCUUUUCGCUGUAUUUUAUGUAUUGUUUAUCAACAGUAAAAUUGAGUGCGAAAGUUGUCGGUUACUAGUCGAACUAAGAAGCUACUUUCCAUCAAGAAAAAACACUGGGAAGCUCAAGAAGAGGGCGUUCAAUGCUCGAAUGAGCUUGAAUUGAAUUCGAAAAAAGUAGAUUGCACGUUACGGAGAAGAUCGCGUUGCCAGAAAAUCUCCUAUUCCUCGUCCUCGUAAAUAUAUCUGAGGAAUCUAAAUUAGCGCAUGCCCCUUGUUUGUGUCUAUUGUUUUAGAAAUCGGCAAGAUUUUAACUUACCUCUCAAAUUGGUAUGUUACUUGAUCAAUCCUCGGGAAAUUUCAAGUAUUUGAUGUUGCAACUUUACUUUCCCAUUGCAUUUUUAUUAUUUCCUCUGAAGAUUUCUAUUGCAUGCAGACACUGAACUUAGUGCACAGCUCCUCGAGGGCAGGCUUACUGCGCUCAAUACAGUAGUAAAUAA